AUGAGGCAAUUUGAUAUAAAUGCAAUCUUAGCCAUAGUUGCUUAUGCUGGUUAUUUAGCUUGCAUGCAAUAUAUGACUCGACAUGUGUCUCGUAUUGAAAGACCAACUACCCAAUCACAACGAUGUAAUGGAAAUCAAGUGCGCCGAGAAUUGAUGGCUCAAUUAGAAGCCCAUUAUAACGCACGCUCUGUAAUACGCAUGAGUUAUGAUGCUUUCACUCGAUUAGUUGCAAUACUUCGUGGAAGAGGACUUCUGAGGGAUAAUCAAUACAGUUUUGUUGAGGAACAAGUUGCUAAGUUUCUACAUAUUUUAAGUGGUCAAGGACGUGUUCGAUCAGAAAGUUUUUUCUUUCGUCGAUCUACUGAGACCAUUAGUCGUCAUUUCCACAAAGUUCUUAGAGCUUUAAUAACACUUCAAGAUCAAUUUUUAGUCCAACCAAAUGGUUCUACUGUCUCACCACAAAUACUCAAUAGUGGAGGAAGAUUCUAUCCAUACUUUAAGAAUUGUAUCGGUGCAAUAGAUGGAACACAUAUCCGAGUGAAGGUUUCAAAAGAAGAUGUGUCAAGGUAUAGAGGAAGGAAAAACUAUCCUACAAUGAAUGUCUUGGCAGCUUGUACUUUUGACUUGAAAUUCACGUACAUAUUACCUGGGUGGGAGGGCUCCGCUUCAGAUUCAAGAAUUUUAGAUAAUGCGUUAAGUAGAGAAGAUAAUCUAAAUGCCCCUCAAGGUAAGUUCUACUUGGCCGAUGCUGGAUAUAUGUUGAGGUCAACAUUUCUCACUCCAUAUCGAAGCACUCGAUAUCAUUUGAAAGAAUAUUCUCGACAUCCGCCUGAAAACCCAAAAGAGUUAUUCAACUUAAGACAUUCCUCAUUACGCAAUGCAAUUGAAAGAGCUUUUGGUGUUUUGAAGAAUAGAUUUCCAAUAUUAGCAGAAAUGUCUAGAUAUGAUGUAGAGACAGUGAGUGAAAUUGUUUUAGGAUGCUGCAUCUUGCACAACUUCUUAGUGGAUUUUGAUCCAGAUGAAGAAAUUAUUGCACAAGUUGAUAGGGAUCUCAUGAAUAAUGAGCCUGAUCAUGGACUUGCUAAUGGAGCAAUUGCUAGAGGAGAAGAUGGACGAAGGGGGGAAAUCUUAAGAGACUCUAUUGCCGCACAAAUGUGGAAUGAUUAUAUAACUAGACAUUGA